UAUCCACGACAAAAUAUAUGUUUCUCAUAACUUACUAAUUAUGGAUAAGUCUGAAUUCGCUAGUUAUUUUACAGAUAAGAAACGAAAAAUUGAUUUUGUCUUAAUAGUUGAUAGUGAUAUUCGCAAAGUAUCGGAAAAAUAUGAUUUGCUUCAGGAAUAUUUAAAUAAUAUUAAAGCAAAAGGGUUGCAAAUUGAAGAAGAACAUGGCCAAGUCGUAGAGAAGAGUCUAUGUAUCAAGAUACAUGUUCCAGUACCAGUUUUGGAUAAAUAUGUGCAAGAAAACGUUAUAGACUUAAGCUGUGAUAACUUACAUUUCAAAAAGGAAAAACCUUUUACCAUAUUUGGAUUAAAAAUAUUUCAAAAUGAUAUGAUGUCAAUUACGUCUAGCACUACCCUUUUUCAAAGAGCGCCUAAGACCUUUUCAAAUGUGAAACCAAUUGACUAUACAGAGGCUGAACGAAUACUAUUGGCAGAGAAGAUGCUCUCUACAAUUCCAUUUUCUUCAGUAAUAACUGAUGUUGGAUAUAAAAUGCUUAAAUCUAAAGGUGUUAUAGAAGCAGCAUAUCCUUUACAUGAUUCUAACGCAAAGUGGACUUGGGAUAAGCCCUUAACAGAUAGGCAAAUUCUUAACCGAUACUGGGCUAGUCUUCAAUGCUUUUACAAACAGCAACCAUUAAACCUUAUUGAAAAAUAUCAUGGCAGCGAAGUUGCCUUUUAUUUUGCAUGGGUUGGAUUUUACACCAGUAUGCUUGCUAUUGCGGCUAUACUAAGCAUAGUUUGUUUAAUAUUAUCGGGUGUCUUCUAUAGCUAUCAAACAGAUGUUAUUAUUAAAGAAGUAUGUGAAAGCACAAAACAUCUUUGUCCGAUUUGCCCGCCUGAACAUAAUUGUGAUAUGGAACCAUUAAAGAAUUCAUGUCAUGCUAUAAAAAUAAGUUAUGCCCUUGAUAAUCCAGCUACUCUAGCUCAUUCAGUUGUUAUGUGCCUUUGGGGAAUUUUGUUCGUUGCAUUAUGGAAAAGAAAGCAAGCAAUGCUGAAACUCCGAUGGAACUUAAAUGAUAUCAACGUUGAUAAUUCAAUCAGACCUGAAUUUAUUAAAUCGGCAUCGAUAACGCGAAUCUCAUCGAUUACAGGACGAACAGAAUACUCUAUGUCACGAUGUAGAAAAGUUGCAGGAUAUCUCAUGAGUGCUCUGAUUUACAUUGCAAUGUUUAUGUUAUAUAUAUUGGGUAUAUUACUUGUAAUGUAUAUUCGCGUAAACGUUUCAUAUUACGGUAAAAUUUCCAAGAAUUCAUCCUACAAAGAAUACCUCUCUACAAUCCAAGCUUUCGCAUCAGCAUUUUUGACUACAGUAGUAAUACUUAUCCUGGAUUUGCUAAAAUUUCGUGCUGCAAAACGAAUGACGGACUUUGAAAACCCGAGAACCCAAAUUGGAUAUCAUACAAAAUAUGUGACUAAAAUCGUCUUUUUUGCAAUUGCCGAUGUGUUCGCUCCCGUAUUUUAUUUAGCAUAUUUUAAGGGCCAUUUUUAUGAACAUCCUGGAGAUGCAACCCAAUGGAAAUUUUUUGGCAUGAUAAAAACAGACGUUUGUACCAUUCCAGGUUGUCUAGUGGAUUUAGCCAUUCAAAUUUUUACUUUAUCAGUUAUGAAAAACUUUGUCAGGCUUUCGAAGGACGCUACUUAUCCCAUUUUUCAAAUAUUUUGUAAUAAAAUGGCCAGAACAACAGAAGUUGACGCGGAACCGACCCAGUGGGAAAGAGAUUAUUUUUUGGUUGAACCAAAAGAAAACUUUCUAUUUGAAGAGUAUAUUUCUAUGAUUCUGCAAUAUAGCUUAAUAGCACUGUUUAUAGUAGCCUUUCCGGCGACACCAAUAGUUGCAUUUUUAAAUAAUGUUAUAGAGCUACGAUUUGAUGCGAAAAAAAUAUUGACACAAUACCGAAGAAAUAUUCCUAGAAAAGUACAAGGCAUUGAGGAAUGGAAUACCGUUAUUCAAAUACUAACAAUACUUGGAGCUAUUUCUAGCCCCUUGCUUUUAUCAUACAGCAGUUCACUUAUACCUAAAGCGAUAUAUAUUCAUCGUCAUAAAACCUUAAAAGGUUAUGUAAAUAGUACUUUAUCAAUAUAUAAGCUGUCAGAUGCGAAUUCAACAAACUUACGUAGUUUACAAAAAAAUCAAUCAAGCUGUCAUUAUUACGGAAAAAGACAUCCUCCAGAUCACGAGUUGAAAUACGAAAGAACUGGUGACUUUUGGCAUGAAGUAGCAGUGAGGACAAUAUUUUUUGUGGUUUUAGAGAAUGUUUGCCUGUUAGUGUCUCUUCUCAUAAACUACAUUAUUCCCAAAAUACCAAGAAAAGUGGAAAUAAAGUUAUUAGAAGACCAAAGAAUACUACGGAAAACAAAAUUACAAAGAAGUAAAAGUCUAUCAAGUCUUACAAGAGUUAACCUAGAUGGUACAAGACAGAGCACCAGUAAAUAUUAAUAGUUAGUUCUUAGUGUUAUUAUUGUUUUUACUUAAAUAAAAUGU